GAGACUCUCGCGAGAUCCUUUAACCAUUUACUUACUUGCCUGUGGUCUCGAUUUAAGUAAUGCACUAACAUUUUGUCAAACAUUACACAGUAAAAUGGGGUGUUGUAAAAGGGCGUUCUGUUUCCUCACCCACCGCCUUUUUUUUGAGAAACAAACUACCUUGUGUACAUUUUCUGUGCUGCAGUAACAGUCAUUGUGGCCGGAAGUGGAAACUUCAUGUGAACUGUCUUAAACACGGUCUUUUCCAUCAUCCGCAGAAAAUGCCACAAGCAAACAAGAUCAUUCUCCUGCUGUUAUUUGGAAGAUAUGUCUUCUCUCAGGAGGAAUGUAUAAAAUCAAUCGUGGGGUCAUGUGAUGAAUGCAUUAUGUCUGGACCCGGAUGUGCCUGGUGCACAGAAUUGAAUUUCACCAAGCCUGGAGAGCCAGAAGCAGUACGAUGUGACACUUCAAAGAAUCUUCAAGAAAGAGGCUGCCCAAAUGAUAGUCGAAUGAUAAUUAACCCAAAGAGUGCUCUUUACAUUCGAACCAACAAACCACUGUCAGGACCACAAAAGACAGAAAAUCCAGUUCAGGUGCAGCCACAAGCAAUUGAACUCAAUUUACGUCCAGGUGAAGCCUUCACUUUCAACUUCUCAUUUAAAAGGGCAGAAGGCUACCCUGUGGAUCUGUACUAUCUGAUGGAUUUGUCCUACUCAAUGGGUGAUGACUUGAAAAAUGUGAAAAACCUGGGAAUAGAAAUUCUUAAAAAACUACAGCAAAUCACUGGAAAUGCAAGGAUAGGCUUUGGCUCGUUUGUCGAUAAAACACUUCUUCCAUUCACGGACACAGCCGAAGAAAAGUUAAAAAAGCCCUGUCCAGCCAAAGAAAAACAAUGCCAGCCAGCAUUUGGCUAUCAGCAUGUUCUCAGUCUGACAAAGGAUGAGAAAAUCUUUUUUGAAAAAGUAUCCUUGCAAAACAUAUCUGGCAACUUGGACAUGCCAGAGGGCAGUCUGGAUGCCAUCAUGCAAGUUGUCACUUGUGUGGAUAAAAUUGGCUGGGGAGACAGCACACGGCUGCUGGUGCUGGCCACUGAUGCUGGUUUCCACAUGGCAGGUGAUGGGAAACUUGCUGGCAUCCUCGAACCAAACCAAGAGACUUGUCAGCUGGAUAUUAACAACAAGUACAGCAAGAGCAACACUUGGGAUUACCCAUCUGUUGGUCAGAUAGCCAGGAAGUUGGAAGAGCAAAACAUACAGCCUAUAUUUGCUGUAACUAAAAAUGUAUCCCAAAUAUAUGAAGAGCUGAGUAAACUGAUUCCUAAAUCAGAAGUUGGAGUACUAAGUAAUGAUUCAAGCAAUGUGGUAAAUCUAAUUGUGGAAGCAUACAAUAAACUCUCCUCAAAUAUUAUUGUGACACAUGAUGGACUCCCAGAAGGCAUAUCAGUAACAUUCACAUCUAAAUGUAAGGGUGGAGAGAGGCCUAGUGAUAAAGGGAUAUGCAACAAUGUUAACAUCGGACAGGAGGUAAUUUUCAGUGUAACUGUUAAGGCAGCAAAAUGCCUAGAUUCAAACUUCAGCAUUGGUCCUUUGGGGUUCAAUGAAAAACUGAAGGUUUCGGUAAAAACACGAUGUAAGUGUGAAUGCGACAAUCAGGACAUCGUACACGAUUUCUGUAAUAGAGAAGGAAAAAUUGUCUGCGGAACAUGCAGCUGCAACCCGAAUUUCCUGGGACAGCGGUGUGAAUGCAGUGUGGAAAAGAAAGAUGAGGUCGCAUUGAAGGCUCAAUGCCGCAAAGAUAACGGGACAGAGUGUGAGGGUCGUGGAGACUGCAAGUGUGGAGUGUGCAAGUGCCACCAAACUGAGGGGGGUCAAUCCUACUACGGUCCUCACUGCGAAUGUGAUGAUGAACACUGUGAAAAGUUCCAAAACAAAUUGUGUGGAGGGAACGGGACUUGCAGAUGUGGAGAAUGUAAAUGCAAUGCUGGCUAUGAAGGAUCAGCCUGUCAGUGCAAGAAAUCCGAUGAAAGUUGUGUGACGGGAGAAACUGUGUGCCAUGGACGUGGCAAAUGUGUGUGUAACCAGUGUGCUUGUGAGAGGGGAUACAAGGGGAUCAGAUGUGACACAUGUCCAACUUGUGAGUUGCCUUGCGAAAAGUCAGGGAGCUGUGUUGAAUGCAAAGCAUUUAACACGGGACCAUUGGAUAAGAGCUGCGAUGAAUCCUGCAGCCAUCUUAAAGUUACAGUAGAUGAAAAACUGGCAAAAAGGGAUUGCCAAGUCAAGGAUGAAGAGGGUUGCCGGAUGAUCUUCUCAAUGACUCCGCAAGACGGAUUUGACCGGUAUUAUGUGAACGUCCUGAAAGACAGAGAAUGUCCGGAGGGGCCGAAUGUUGGACGCAUAGUGGGUGGAUCUCUUGCCGCUGUGGCUUUGAUUGGACUUCUACUCCUCAUUCUCAUUAAGGCAAUAUUUUAUUUCAAAGACCUCAAAGAGUGGAAGAGGUUUGAAAAGGAAGCACAGCGCCGUCAGUGGGCAAAAAGUGAAAAUCCAUUGUUUCAGAAAGCAACAACAACUGUUGCAAAUCCAGCAUUUACUGGAGACUCUUAAGGUAGUAGGGGACCAGUGGGGGAUUUAUUUAAUUUAAAUAUAAAUGUAAAUGAAUGGUGCAUUACUAAACCAGUACUCAAGCCUGCUCUUCCAGUCCAUUUUUUUUUUAACAUCAUCCUCUGUUCUGGUUAAUUACCACUGUUACUUUUACACCUGAACUCAGUCAUCAGUGUUCCGUAGUCCAUGAUUGCUUCUCAGGGAUUUGGAGAUGGAUCCUUGAGGGAUUGAUUUGUGGCUGUGAAAUUGUAUUUUGCUCUGCUUCUAUUAUAUUCUUAGCAGUUUAAGGAUUUAUUGUGUGAUAAAAUUACUCUUCGGCAUAAAUUCUUGUACAUUGUUUUUUUUUUGUGUGUGUACUAGUAUCAUGUGUGUGUUUCAAAUCUAAAUAAAACAACAACAAAAAAUAAAA